GAACCGGACCACCUGAUACACAUCUUCCUUGCCCUGGCCAGCUCGACGGAAAUAGACCUGGGUUUCGAUCCCACCAUCAAAUAUAUAUGCAAUCACAUAACACUCUCAGAGGGUCCAUCUGUACCCAAUAGUAGGAGUAUCGAGACAGGUCCUGCUGAGAGCAGUCGGAAGGAAACCCAAUCAAGCGGAUAUGUAUUACCAGCAAAACAAAGGGUGUAUCAUAUUCUGGUCAAAGCAGAAGAAGGAGUUGAACAUACCUUUGAGACUGUCCGGCUACUCUCUAGCUACAGUGCAAAGGUCACACGUUCUCAUGGAACUCGAGUUUGGGAAGUCUUUGAUAUCAACGACCCAUCAAAAAGGCGACGAGUGUUAAAAGAUACCUGGUACAAAAGAGACAAAACACCCGAACCUAAAAUCUUGAGGGAUAUCCGCGCUCGUCUUCAAAACAAACCAGAAGACCUCGUUUACCUUCCCGAAGUUCUCAUGCACGGGGCCUUGUGGACCAUAAAAAGUUCUCAUUCUAUUCCCGGGAACCACCUGCAGGGGCCAAUGGCCGAUCCGACUCUGGGUAUCCCACGUACAGUACCAGAGGAACCGUCUGGGAGUCUGAUCGCUGGGACACAAGGGACACACUCCGAUGUCACUGGCGUGUCGUUUAUGUCGACCCUCCCGGAGUCGUAUUAUGCAAUAUCAACCAACAUGAUGGGAUGCUACUUGCUCUCAGUGGCCAUUUAUUCAGUCGGGUAUAUACACCGACGUGUUUCUAGUACGAAUAUAUUGUUGACAGAAGAUGGGACCACGGGGGUAUUGAUAGAUUUUGCAUAUGCGCAAAAAUUCAGCGAGUUUGGCCAGUCUGGUAUGGAGGACAAAGAUCACCCAACUGUAAAGUAA